UUUAGGUGGAGCAGGACCUUUACAAUUAACCAAAGUAAACCGGACUGAAAGAUGCGCACUUACUGUGUACUUCUACACAUUUUUGCUGCUCUCCUCUUGUGUGAUUAUGGGAUGUUCUCCAAGCCGUCACCGUCUCCAUCAGAGAUGUCCACCACCUCAAUAUCAGCCACAUCUGACUCUCACACUACUGGGAUGACAACAGAAUCAGUAACUACAGGGAAUGACACGAGCUUGUUAGAGACUACCUCUGAUGAUGAAGUGUCAGCUGGUUUUAAAAAUACAACUGAGAGCGGUGGAAAGGAUCCUGAAAAUUAUUCUAAAAGUCUGAAUGAAAGCGUCAAUGUAGUGAUCUCUUCAACCACACAUCCAUCGAGCACCACACAUCCAUCGAGCACCACACUUGUGAAGCUCAAUAAUGAAGAAAGCAUAGAUUCAGGAAAGUUAACAGGAGGCAUCAUCAUUUUGGUAAUCAUCCUGAUCCUGAUUUUUUGUCUGCUUGGCAUUUUGUUUUUUCUGAGAAAGAAAGCAAGGAGUUACUCGUUUGAUUUGACUCGUGUCGAAGGACCUGGCAAUGAUUAUGACACCCCGCUCAAGAGCGACCAACAAGGCCUGAGCUAUGAACAAACCAACAAAGGCAAGUAUCUGCCUGUGUCUUUGAAUUUCAUACAAGAAGACAAGUCUGAGGAAAAGACCAAUUCGAUAGCAAACGGCUCUGCAGGAGAGAAACCCGAACAAACACCUACCAGUGAAAACGAUGAGCAGAAUGCCCCAGAAGAGAACAGUUUGUCUUCAGACUCGAGCUCGUCCACGCCAGUGAAGAAAGUGGAGUUUAACCUGGAUCUGGAUCUGCUUGGGAGUGAAUCUGAAUUCAGUGGUCCGACCGAAGCCGAAGCAACAGAUGCGGCGCAGAAUGAAAACAACAAUAACGUCACUAAUGCUGGACGAGGACCAGCAGAAGAGAUCUUCACUGAAAUCAGUCUAGACGAGCCAAAGGAACAUGCAUAGCGUGUGUUUCCCAUCCAACAAUCAAGAUCUCUGGUCUAACUAUAUGAUGCCUGGAUCCAGAGUAUAUGAGUGCUACCGAGUCGGUAACACUUUAUAAUAACUGCACACUAUUAAUCAUUAAUUAAGCAUUAGUAAACAGAUAAUUCAUAAUUUAU